AUGGCGGGAAAAGCAAAGCCGAAAAAGCACACGGCGAAAGAGUUGAAGCAAAAGCAAGACGCGGCGUUGACGAACAAAGGCGGAGGGAAAGCUGGGUUAGCAGAUCGGAAAGGCGGCGCGGCUGGACACGCGAAGUUUAAAUGUCCAAUCUGUGGCAUGGCUGCGCCUUCGAUAAAAAGCGGAGAGUUGCACUGGGACUCGAAACAUCCGAAAAUGCCGUUUAAACCGGAAGAGUGGUCGGAUUUACACGCCAUUCACGGAGGGACGACGAAAGGCGUGGCGGUGAAAGGCGCGGAGAAAGAGAAGACGGUGCACGAACUGAAGAAAACCGAGGCUGGGAGGAAACGGCUGGCGGAGAUUGAAAAGGAAAAGCUGGAAAAACAAUUUCAAGACGUGAAAUUGAAUAAGUGA